CAAAAAAGGUUGAGAAACACUGGCUUAGAGCAAAAAAAUUUGGCAUAUCAUUUUAACUUUUAUUAAUGUUGUGGUGCUGCAGAAAGGAACAGUGAUAAACUAACCCAACAAAGCUUGUUUAUUUCAAGGUGCUCAUCAUCUUCUGUGUGUGCAGUGUAAUGGGAUGUCGAACCGGUUCUGGGGUUGGGGCAGAGAGGAUGACGAGUUCUACAGAAGGCUCAGAAAAGCAGAGUUACAGCUGUUCCGCCCAAGUGGCAUCACAACAGGAUAUAAAACCUUUCUUCAUAUCCAUGACCCGGCGUGGAGAAAGAGGGACCAGAAAAGGGUCGCCGCUCAGAAACAGGAGCAGUUUAAGGUGGAUCCCGAUGGUGGACUGACGAACCUCCAGUACCAGGUGGAUUCCCGGCAGGAGCUGACCAUCAGCGGCGCUCCCUGCACCAUCAUCAAUACCAAACUGGAGUGCGAUCAGAGCCAGACGCCUUGGUGUCUCCUGAGUUAGCGGACUUGGUGGCUCCAGGAUCACUGUAGCGAAUACCUACAAACUGAAGUGGAAACAAACGAACCAGUAGUGUUACCAUGUCCAGGUACAUGAUCCGAGUGCCAGGUGCAAAUGGCUCUUCUGCGUCAUAUUACCUUGAGACUGUCUUUGGGCAUUAGGAUCAGGAGAUCCUAACCCAUGCUGCUGGCAGGUGUUUUUUUUUUUUUUCUCUCUCCGGUACUUUCAGACUCCAAGUCUGGUUUUAGUUUUUAGUUUGGAUCCAGGGCCCUGCAUGCUUGAGCAUUGUACUGUAGUUCCAAAUGAGUUUUUUUUUGUUUUUUUUUAGUCUCUUACCUUAUUUGAAAUAAUUAUCAAAUGUCCGGUGGAUCAGAACAAGUACUUCACUGAAUUGCUUCAUUUCUCCUGCUGAUGCUGUUACAAGGAAGAGAAUAAGUUUGGAAAUCUGGAGUGAAACUCUUUAUUUCUGAUUGAAAAGAUAGGAUUAUGUUUUUUUAUGUUAUUCUUUGUAUGAAAAGCCAGAGUAAGUUAAAAAUGUCUUUAUAAAUCUGACUCUUGUGUCCCAUUUUUAUGACUUGAUUUCCAAUUAUUUAAAAAAAAAAAAAACAAAGAGUUUGUUGAGUUUGUGUUCUUUGGUGAUUGUAGCCGAAUCUCAACUUAAAAUUUCAACUGGAAAAUAAACUUUUUAUUUUGCAUAUUUUCUUCCAUGAGGGGAGACAUGAAUUGCUAGACAGAAAAAUGUUGAAAACUGCAGGCAUGUUGGUUUUUCUUAUUUACAUUUUUUACUACAUAUGUUGUUAAUUAAUUGCUGGUGCGACUAUACAAUAGUUAGCAUACAUAAUACUAAAGGCCCUUAUGCCAUGCUAAAGAAGGAAGAAAAUCAUAUAUUUUUUAUUAAAAACAUCAUUACACUUUUCAUAAAAAAAUAUAAUUGCAUAUUUUCCUGAAAUAAUGGCAGCCUUUUGGUUUUAUUGUUUGUCCUUGGACAUAGUUGACAGAUUAAUGUAGCACCAUCAGCCAUCUGAAACUACCUAAAGAUUAAAUGUUUCAUGGAGCUCCACAGUUCCUGAUAUCUCGA